CGCCAAGUUUGCGACCUGCGAGUUGGCGUGGUUUCUCGUUUCCCGGCUUAGCCACUCGGUUCUCUGCGAGCUACGCGUCCGCGCAGCCUUCGGCGCAGCCACCCACGAGCACUCGGGCUGGAGGACGCCCAUCAGGGUGGCGCAGACUGGGGCCGGGCCGGCCGCCUCCCGAAGAUGCAGGAUGGCAGCAGAGCCGCGGUCCAGCCUCACCUACCGCACCACAGGCUCCACCUGUCUGCACCCGCUUAGCGAACUCCUGGGCAUCCCGCUGGACCAGGUGAAUUUUGUGGCCUGCCAGCUGUUUGCUUUGUUUGCUGCUUUCUGGUUUCGCCUCUACUUAAGUCCUGGUAAAACUAGUCCUGAUGUCCGGCAUGCGUUUGCCACCAUUUUUGGCAUCUAUUUUGUCAUCUUUUGUUUUGGUUGGUACUCCAUACACCUUUUUGUGCUGGUGUUAAUAUGCUAUGGAAUUAUGGUCACUGCAAGCAUACCCAAUAUUCACAGAUACACCUUUUUUGUAGCAAUGGGAUACCUUACAAUAUGCCACAUUAGCCGAAUAUACAUAUUCCACUAUGGAAUUCUCGCUACAGAUUUUUCCGGGCCUCUGAUGAUUGUCACUCAGAAGAUCACAGCCUUGGCCUUCCAAAUCCAUGAUGGGUUGGGCAAAAGACCUGAAGACCUCUCUGCUGAGCAACAUAGACUUGCUGUAAAAGUGAAACCCUCUUUUUUGGAAUACUUAAGCUACCUUCUCAAUUUCAUGAGUGUCAUAGCUGGCCCUUGCAACAAUUUCAAGGACUACGUAGCCUUCAUUGAGGGGAGACAUAUGCACAUGAAGUUGUUGGAAGUGAACUGGAAGCAAAGAGGGUUCCACAGCCUGCCACGUCCUUCUCCCACUGGAGCUGUGAUUCACAAGUUGUGCAUCACCUUGGUGUCUCUCCUUUUGUUUCUGACGCUCACGAAGACCUUCCCUGUUACCUGCCUUGUUGACGACUGGUUUGUCCAUAAAGCAAACUUUCUGACCCGACUCUGCUACCUAUACAUUGUCAUGCAAGCCUCAAAGCCCAAGUAUUACUUUGCGUGGACAUUAGCUGAUGCAGUGAAUAAUGCAGCUGGCUUUGGGUUCAGCGGAGUGGAUAAGAAUGGAAAUUUCUGUUGGGAUCUACUUUCUAACCUAAACAUCUGGAAGAUUGAGACUGCCACAAAUUUCAAAAUGUACGUAGAAAACUGGAAUAUUCAGACAGCUACUUGGCUAAAGUGUGUGUGCUAUGAGCGGGCUCCCUGGUAUCCCACCGUGCUAACCUUCAUCCUGUCUGCCUUGUGGCAUGGUGUCUACCCUGGAUACUAUUUUACGUUCUUAACUGGAAUCCUUGUCACACUAGCAGCCAGAGCGGUGAGGAACAACUACAGACAGUACUUCCUUUCUUCAAAAGCUCUCAAGGUUGUUUAUGACGUAGUCACCUGGGCUGUCACUCAGCUGGCUGUCUCUUACACGGCUGCACCCUUUGUGAUGCUGGCAGUCGAACCAACCAUCAGUUUGUACAAGUCAAUGUACUUUUAUUUACACAUUAUAAGUCUCCUGAUAAUACUAUCUCUGCCAAUCAAACCACAAGCUAAUACUCAAAGACAGCCUCAGAUCCUGAACUCUGUUAAUAAGAAAAAAACAGAUUGAUACCUCCGAGAAAAGCUGGACAAGUAAAACUGUAAAACAUUCGAAAGAUAAGAGGACUUGAGGAUUUUCCAGUGGCUUAGAGGCAAUGUUUACGUGGCUUUUUUUUUUUUUUUUAAGUGCAGGGAGUAUUUUUACAAAGAUGUUUUGGCUAUUUAAGUUAGCCAUAUCCAGUUGAUUUGUUUUAGUAUCUUAUAGGACAUCUGAAUGGUGUGGAGGUGUGUAAAGAAUGGGCCAGAGCUGGAGAGACAGACCAUUCUGGGAUGCUGGAUCUUUGCUUCUGGGGGCUUUCUGAUGUCCAGCUACAGAAAUCUGGGUGCUGGGAACCCAGGCAUUGGUUCCAGAAGUUAGAAAGAGAUUGCUAAGAAGCCUUGUCACAAGGUUCUUAAACCAGAACCAUACCCAGACAGGGCUGUUCCUUGGGAAGUCCCAGAUCCUUUAAAAUUUGACAUUACUGGUUUGCAGACACAAGAAGUCCACUCAGAAGACGGUGGAGGACGCGAAUCGUGGAGAGAGAUUUCAGGGCACGGGAGGCUCUACAAACCGGGAGAGCUCAAUGUGAACACUUGAAUUGGACCAAAAAUCAGGCAUGCCUAAAGUAGGCUGGUUUUUUCCCAGGAACGUAACCCUUUCCUUUUUUUCUUCUGAACUGAGCCAAGAUUGGAAAUCAGAGAGUCUCCUAUACAACAGGAGUCUAGGAGUGGCUACUGUUUUCCUGAUGUUUUCCAUUUCAAAUGCGCCAUCUGCUUGCCCAGGGACGGCCCCUGAGAAGACACCCCAAUGUUCCUGCCAUUAAGUGCAGCAGAAUAUCUUUUAAAGAAAUAAUUUCAUAAAAGGUAAUUAAAGUUAUAUAGAAGUUUGGUAAGAAGAAGCAGAUCUCACUCUCUUUUCCGCUCAUUUCAUAGACGUGUUGAUGAUCGUGGCCAUGAUGUACACGUGGACUGGUUUUCAUUUUCCAGGGUCAUAGCUGAUGAAAUCCAACUUUGUUUUAGUUGAGUCAUUGUCUUAGAAAGCAGAAAUUGAAAAACAGUUUUCUUUUCUAUCUUUGCUGUGAAUGUGCUGUGGCUCUUUCUGGGGACUCUAUUGGGCAAUAAUCUAUGUGGGAGAAGGAAAAAUGGAUUAAAUUGUGUGGAAAAUAAUAAUCAUAAAAUGUAAGCAACUAUGGUUGCCCUCAGUCAGAUGGUUUGCAAGGAGAGAAUUUGUUUAAAUCAGAUGGUAAAAAAUGAAUUUCUUACUGAAUAGUGUGUUUCUCUAUAAAAGAAAUACUUCUGAACACAACUGCUUUCUGUUUGUGUUGAUAGAGACUCGAUGUUCUGAAACGUGUAUAUGUUUUAACAGUUGUGCACACACUUAAAGUUUUACUUGCCUAAAAUGUGAGCAUUAUAGCAUACUUAAAUUUUACUAUAUGUCAGGCACGUGGAUGGAUUUGUGUGUGUGUGUGGUAAAAAUAUGUGUAACAAACCAUUUGCCAAUUCAACAAUUUUUACAUUUAUAAACCAGUGACAUUGAUUGCAUUCAUCAUGUUGUGCUACCGUCACCACUGUCAUUUUGCAAAUUGUUCCACCACCAUUAACAGAAACUCAGUGCCCCUAAGCAGUGAUUCCUCCUUUUUCCCUCCCUCCCAC